AUGAACAUAGGUGAGUUAUCCCUCGCCAUCCUGCUGACGGUGCAGGCAGUCCUAGGGGCUUCUGGGAACAUCGUCCACCUGAUAUUUUCCAUCCGCUCCAGCCUGAGGCCCAUUGACCAGAUAUUCGCUCACCUGGGCCUGGCAAACACGAUGGUGCUGCUCAGAAAGGGAAUCCCAGAGACCAUGGAGGCUUGGAAGAUGAAACACCGGGACACCGUUGGCUACAAAAUUCUCCUUUACUGCUACUGCGUGGCCCGGGGCCUUUCCAUCUGCACCACGUGCCUCCUGAGUAUGUUCCAGGCUGUCACCCUCAGCCCUCGGACCCCCCGGUGGGCCCCAAUCAAAGACAGAGCCCCCAGAUCGGCCGGUCUCUCAUGCCUCCUCUUCUGGAUCCUCAGUUUGCUCCUUGACGUUACCGUGCUGAAAUACGUGAUCGGCCCUCAGAACCAGACCAGGAUUCGGAGUCUAUUUCAUUUAAAAUUCUGUUUGUCAGCCAGUGUCAGCGCGGACGUCAACCUGGUGAAUUCCGUCAUUUUCACCCUCCACGAUCUUCUCUUCAUAGGGCUCAUGAGCGGGUCCAGCGUCUACAUGAUGUUGUUACUGCACAGAAGCAAUUCGGUCACCUUGAACGUGUUAUUGAACACUCAGUACGAGUCUCCCCUCGUACUGAACAUCCACCCAGUUCUGUCGUUGGUCUCCUCUGCCGUAAGUCUGCUCCUGAUUAUAAACAGCAACAGAAGACCUUUCCUGCGCAGACUUUAUGAGGAAAGAGAAAGCCCGGCUUUCUGCAUCAGCCUAGUUUCAAGUGGCAGCAGAACCCCCAAGUAG